UCUAGAAGUGUUUUCCAAAUCCAGAAUUCUUAGUUUGGAGCAAAUGUUCUUUUUGGGAAACAGUAUGAGAAGGGGAUGUUGGAGGGUUAUUUCAGAGACCAGUUGCUACUCUGCUUUAUACCUUAUCAUUGCUUCUCUUUUUCUUUUCAGCCUGGAACUCUUAAGAUACAUAAUUGAAAAAAACUUGUGAAAUGACAUGUGUGUGUGUGUGGUACAAAAGUUUAAAACAAAAUGCAACAGAAAUCAGCCACUCUAAUAUGUGAUUAGUUUUCUGGGAAUGAACCCCACCAUGUAGGCAUCUGCCAAGUCUCUGACACUACCACCUACAGACUCAGGGUUGAAGUAAGCCAUGCCUUAGUAAAUGGUGACGAGGAGUGCAGAGUCUGCGAGGAAGAAUUCAAUCCUUGGCUUUGGCAAUAGGCCAACAAAGCUUAGGUCUUAGAGCUGCCGAUGACAAGCGUGCUGGCCUUGAGCAAGAUGCUUGACAGUUCUGCGUCUUUCCCUGCUGCUGUAGAAUGACAAUGUUAUCUCCUAGUCUGAUGCCUGGCAGUGGCCCCACCAUGCUGAAUUAAGGACUCUGGGUACAUGGUCUAAAUCACAGUUACAGAGACACUGGGGUAGGAAAAAUGGCAGGAACAUCUCCAUACUGACAUGAUAGAGAAUUGAGAAUGCAUUUCUAUAUGAUCCAUUUUUACUUUGCCUUAUAUCUAAUUCUCCCAAUCCCUAAUCUUUAGGACUCACUUCAAAAUCUCUUGAAGCCACCUUUUAGGAGAUGUGGACAAAGUGUGUGAAGGGAGAGAGCCACAAGAGCAGGAAGUUUAGGUGAAAGGGAAGCCCUGCAUGUUGCAGGGGUGGAAAUGCAGUUAACGGCCGCAGUGUCGUUUUUGACCAUCCUACAGGACGAAUCGGUGUCAGUUCAUACAUAUGCCCACUCCUUCCUCCAAGUCAUCCUGCUGCACCUGGAGCACAGGGACGCAGGUGUCAGCAACGCAUGGCUGGAAACUCUUCUGUCUGUGAUAGACGUAUUGCCCAAAGAUACCCUAAGGCAUGAGAUUUUGAAUCCACUCGUUUCCAAGGCACAACUUUCCCAAACAGUCCAGUCUCGUUUAGUUAGUUGUAAAAUUUUGGGAAAAUUGACCAACAAAUUUGAUGCCCUUGCCAUUAAAAGAGAAAUACUUCCCUUGGUAAAAUCACUCUGUCAAGAUGUAGAAUAUGAAGUUCGAUCUUGCAUGUGUCGGCAAUUAGAAAAUAUAGCUCAGGGCAUUGGGACAGAACUUACCAAAAGCGUGGUGCUCCCUGAAUUAAUAGAACUUUCUAGGGAUGAAGGCAGCAGUGUGCGGCUGGCAGCCUUUGAAACUUUGGUUAAUCUGCUCGACAUAUUUGAUACAGAUGACAGAAGUCAAACUAUACUUCCCGUAGUGAAAUCAUUUUGUGAAAAAUCUUUCAAAGCAGAUGAAUCAAUUCUUAUUUCUUUAUCUUUCCAUUUAGGAAAACUAUGCCAUGGAUUAUAUGGAAUUUUUACUCCAGAUCAACACUUGAGAUUUUUGGAGUUUUAUAAGAAACUUUGUACAUUGGGUUUGCAACAAGAAAAUGGACACAAUGAAAACCAGAUACCACCCCAAAUCUUAGAGCAGGAGAAGAAAUAUAUUUCAGUACGGAAGAACUGUGCUUAUAACUUUCCGGCCAUGAUUGUUUUUGUUGAUCCCAAAAACUUCCACAUGGAACUCUAUUCUACAUUCUUCUGCCUUUGUCAUGACCCCGAAGUACCAGUCAGAUACACUAUUGCUAUUUGCUUUUAUGAAGUAUCUAAACUUCUGAAUUCUGGAGUAUAUUUAAUACAUAAAGAACUAAUAACAUUGUUGCAAGAUGAAUCAUUGGAGGUACUAGAUGCUCUCAUAGAUCAUCUUCCAGAGAUUCUGGAACUGAUGUCUACUGGUGGGGAGAGCAGUGUUCAAGAAAAUAAGUUAUCAUCUCUGCCUGACUUGGUUCCAGCUCUCACAGCUGCUGAGCAGCGAGCUGCAGCCUCCUUAAAGUGGAGAACUCAUGAGAAGCUGCUCCAGAAAUACGCCUGUCUGCCACAAGUCAUAUCAAGUGAUCAGAUCUAUUAUCGUUUCUUACAAAGAAUGUUCACAAUCAUGAUGACAAAUAAUGUCUUACCUGUCCAAAAGGCGGCUUCACGAACUCUAUGCAUUUUUCUACGUUAUAAUCGUAAACAGGAACAGAGACAUGAGGUGAUUCAAAAAUUAAUCGAACAACUGGGCCAAGGAAAAAGUUAUUGGAACAGACUCCGAUUUUUGGAUACCUGUGAAUUUAUUAUAGAGAUAUUUUCCAAAUCAUUUUUCUGUAAAUAUUUCUUUCUACCUGCUAUUGAACUGACACAUGAUCCAGUAGCAAAUGUAAGAAUGAAACUUUGCUACUUGUUGCCCAAAGUGAAAUCUACUCUGAAGAUUCCUGCAGAUAAGCAUCUACUUCAGCAGUUGGAAAUGUGUGUGAGAAAACUCCUCUGUCAAGAAAAAGAUAAAGAUGUUCUGGCUAUUGUCAAAAGAACCGUGUUAGAGUUGGACAGAAUGGAAAUGUCCAUGGAUGCUUUUCAGAAAAAGUUUUAUGAGAAAGAUUUGUUGGAUCAAGAGAAAGAAAGAGAAGAACUACUUCUUUUGGAAAUGGAGCAAUUAGAAAAAGAAAAGCAACAAAAUGACGGAAGGCCCAUGAGUGAGAAAACCUUUGAAAAGAAACGUAGAGACUCCAAGACACCAACAAGUCUGCCCAAGAGCAUCCCCAUUUCUGUUCCUGGAUCCUCUUCUGCCACCCCAUCCACAAGUAAAGAAAUCAAGAAAUCUAAAUUGAUUCGAAGCCAGUCUUUUAAUAAUCAAGCUUUUCAUGCAAAAUAUGGCAACUUAGACAAAUGUACUACUAGUAAAAGUUCUACAGCAGCAUAUACACCUUCUGUCUCAGGUUUAUCAAAGACUUCUAUGAUUUCACUAACUGAUGACUCAUUCCGGACGCGUAACACCAAUAGUGCUCCCAGUUCCUUUUCGUCUAAUACCUCCCUGCCCAGCACCUCCCGAGGGACAGGUAACUCAGUUGAUCCCAAGAGCAGUGGAAGUAAAGAUACACAACCACGGAAGGCUACCUUAAAAUCCAGAAAAUCCAAUCCUUAGGCUAUCUCCUUGAAGAAGGAGGCAAAACAAAGACAACUGGAGAUAAUGUGAUUGAUGAACAAAAGCUAAAGCAAUGGCUGAUGACUGGAAAAGAGAGAGAUACAUAAUGGCAGCUGAUGUUGUUAAACGUUCCAUAUUUGAAAUUAUAUUCCCUAGCAGGUAUAAUAUAUAUUUCUUGAACAAUAAUGUGGUUACAGAAUUCCAAUGUUAUAGUGAAGUGUAAUGAAAAAAAAACAUUAGGUAUGUGCUUUAACUACUGCUACAAAAGAGACAAGUCUGCAUUUAUUCGUGCAGGAAACCAUCUAUUUAACUGUGCUAGAGUUUAGCAUUUAAAAAUUGUAUGAAAGGCCCAAAUCAACUGAAAUCACCCUGCUUAGAUAAUCACUUGGAGGGGGACUUGGGAGUAAAAAAGGCACUGCAUUUUCUCACGAAUCUCUAAGCCCAAUAGAAAAGUCACACUGAAACAGGGUACAAACAGCUGUCUGAAAUUAUAUCAGUCCUGUGAUUGUGGUGACAAGAUGUUGUACCUGGACAUUCUGAAAUUAAAAUUUGGCAAUGAAAAUUCUACAAAGAUUUCUGAUAACUUUUAGCUACAACUAACUUAAAAAUAAUAGAUUGAUGAUUUCCUUUGUUACCUAGAAGAAUUUAUUUUAUAAAUACUUUGUUUACAUUUUAGAUUGUAUUUGUCCUUACUGAAUUAGAAAUGAUGAAUCUAGUUUGAAUCAGCUGUUAUUCCAAGCUAUCAUGCUUAAGCUAUGUCAACAGCAUUUAUUUGUACUAAUGCUAUUAUUUCCAUCAAAAUUUGCCUGUGGAACCUAUACAGUUCUUAAUUUUAAAAAUGUCAGUUCUUGAGAUAUACUGUAUGAAGCUAUUGUCAGCUUCUCUAUUUCAAAAUGCAAUCAGCAUAUAAUUAUAUUGAUAUUGAAAAUAUUUGUUUUUUUUAAAAAAUAUAUUGAUGUAUGAUAAAGAUGAUCUAAUUUGUGAAUGCA